UUGCAGCCAUUAUAAGACUUGUAUAUAUUUUUAAUAGUGCAAUCCGACGCGACUUCAUAGUUACAUCUAAAUAUUUCAAUCAUCGAUGGAAAGUUAUAAGAUCUUGGAACGGAUCGGGGAAGGAACUCACGGACAAGUGGUUCAAGCCAUGGAACGGUCCACUGGUCAAACAGUGGCUAUUAAGUGCGUACGUUCAUCGGACAAAGCGUCAAAGAACUUGCUGCGCGAAAUCGAAUCACUGAAAGCGCUGGAUUCCGAUUACGUCGUAAAGUUGUUGGAUCAUUUCUGUCACAGUUUCAGUUUGUAUUUGGUACUCGAGUUCGUGGCGUCCGGUUUGCCAGAGAUGUUGUACGAUGACGACAUACGGCUCGACGAUUUUCAUCUGAAAACUUACGCUCGUAUGCUCCUCGCCGGUGUAGUGCACAUGCAUGCCACCAAUAUCGUGCACAGGGAUCUGAAACCGGCGAAUUUACUGAUAAGUUCCGAAGGCGUGUUGAAAAUAGCGGAUUUUAGCUUGAGCCGUCUGCUGCUGACGACCGAUGUAGCCGACGAUGAUCAAAGCAACCGAUGUUACACAGGCCAAGUAGCGACGCGCCGAUACCGAGCACCCGAACUCUUGUUUGGCUCUGUCCACUACGACCAGUCAAUCGAUAUGUGGUCUGUCGGUUGCAUUUUAGCAGAGAUGCAAAUGAAAACACCUUUAUUCUCGGGAGAUUCUGACAUGGAACAGAUUGCAAUCGUUGUACAUAAUUUAGGGACUCCAACCGACGAAACAUGGCCAAAUAGGAAUGAAAUGCCAGAUUAUAAUAAACUGAAGUUUACACACUGUAAUCCAGUACCAACAAAUGUAUUGUUGCCUGAUAUUGAUGAAUUGUUAGUUGAUCUAGUGGGAAAAUUAAUUUUAUACAACGCUGGUAAAAGAUUAAAUGCACAAGAGGCGUUACUGCAUCCUUAUUUUUUUAACGAACCGUUGCCAUGUUUAGAACAUCUAAUGCCAAAACCACCAAAAGAUCAUAGACAAAAACUUUUACCCAAACCAACCGAAGUGAUUGAAAGUUUGGAUAAAAAUUUUAGUUGUUUAUAUACAAUACUUGAUGAGACGUUGUAAGUUUGUAAUUGCCUACAUAAUGUUUUUUUUUGGAACAUUAAAUUAAUAUAUUAAAACUAAAAAAAAAAAUCAUUUCAGAGUAGUUAUUAUUUUAUUAUUACACAUUAUUAUUUAUUACACAUUAGAAAAAUAUAAAUGCAAAUUAUUUAUUAAAAUAUAGAAAGAAAUAAGAAAACUAAAAAAUAAAAAAUAAAAUGGUUAAUAAUAAUAAAUAAA